AUGUCUUCUAAUUUGAACUUAGGUCCUGUUGUUAGCAACAACACUUACAUUAAAUCUAUACUGCGUGGUUGUAACGAUAAAUUAAAAGUGGCCCAUUUGAAUUGCCAAAGUAUGAGACCUAAUGUUUGCUCUUCCAAAUUUGAUGAGCUUAAAUCUAUUUUGUGUGAUUCUAUGCUUGAUCUUGUUGGACUGUCCGAAACUUGGCUGAAGUCAGCCGUUUCUCUACGUUCUGUUAGCGUUCCAGGCUACAUAUUUCAUAGAAAUGAUCGCAAAAGUUCCAGAGGUGGUGGUGUUGCUUCUUCUUUAGUCCAUUCAACGUGUCGUAGAUUGUGCUUGACUGUUUUGCACAAUGCUAAGCCAACUCAUUACGAUGUAGUGCACGGUACAACGAGUCUGAUUGAUUUUAUGCUUUUGAGUUCUAAUUUAAGUAAGUUCACAUCUGGCCAGGUUCAGUGCCCUGCAAUCUCUCGUCAUGUGCUGUUAUUUGGGGUUUUUGACUUUCACUUGAGUAGAACGGAGUCUUUUGUAGAAUACCAUGAUUACAAGAACAUCGAUAUGUCUGGCAUGCUUAGUUAUUUGAUAGAUUUUGAUUUCUCGGAUAUUUUUAGUGCACUGGAUGUCGAUACUAAGUGUUUUCUUAUCUCUUCUCUUUUUGAGGAUCUCUAUUCAUUUGUUCCUGUUGUCAGGAAAAAUGUGAUAUCUGUUGGUAAUGAGUGGAUGAACUCCAGGAAUAUUGUUUUCACCAAAUCAUUAAGAGACUUGGCUUACGCAGAUUAUCAAGUGAAUAGAUCUCCUGAAAAAUGGAGAACUUUUUGCAAAUAUCGAAAUAAGACAAAAUCUCUUAUACGUAAGGAGAGACGAAGAUACUAUUUAGAACGGUUCAAGGGACUGCGUGCAGAUGGUUUGUGGAAAGUUCUUCGCGCAUCUGGCUGCAUAGGUGAUGAUGCAGUUGUGUUUAAUAAUGAUGUUAAUGACGUUAAUACCUUUUUUGUUGAUGGCGUGUCUUCUGAUGCGAGCUCUAUUAUUGAUCUAGAAGCAUUUUCCUUCAAUGAAAGUGGGUUUUCUUUCGAUUGUGUCAACAUCAAUGACAUUGCCAAUGCCAUUUCAAAAAUAAAGUCAAAAUCAGUUGGUGUUGAUGGGCUAUCUGUUCUAUUUUUGAAUGUUGUUUUUCCUUAUGUGUCUGAGGUCAUUUUGGAUUUAGUUAAUUCCAUUUUAACAUCUUCUGUUUUUCCAACUGCUUGGAAAACGGCUCGAGUAGUUCCUAUUCCUAAAACUGUUCCUGUCAAUGGCCCGGAUGAUCUAAGACCCAUUUCAAUUUUACCCAUUUUGUCAAAGGUUUGUGAGCACAUUAUGAAGGAUCAGAUUCUUGCACAAUUUUCUAAUCGCAUUUUCUACAAUCAGCAUGGAUUUCGUAAAGGUCAUAGCACUACGACUUUACUUCUCCAGCUAACAGAUUCUAUUAGAGCGAAUAGCAAUUUGGGCAGAGAUAGUGUGCUUGUCCUUUCCUACUUAUAUGGAAGGUCUCAAUUUGUGGACAUGAGCGGCAAUGUAUCUUCUACACUUCCUCUUACCUCUGGUGUUCCCCAAGGCUCAGUCUUGGGCCCUUUGCUUUUUCUUUUUUAUGUAAAUGAUCUACCGGACUGCUUAGAUGUUUCCAUUUGUUCUAUUUUCUUGUAUGCGGAUGAUGUUAUGCUUCUUUUCAGUGGUCAUCGUGAUUUUCUUAAUGAUUUCCAGAAAACUAAUUAA